AUGGUAUUCCAGAACCAAAAAGAAAGGAAAUUCCUUCUCAAGAUCAUUAUCUUUUAUCUGAUUUCAAUAUUCUCCAGAUCACCUUCGCUCACAACAUAUCUGACAACUUUUUUAAUAUUGAUUCGCGUUGCCUGCGACUCAUAUAAGGUGGCGAAAUACUAUAUAGAGAAAAUCGACAUAAUCCUACGAAAUCUUGAUAAGUCGGCAACUUCAGAAAGAUUUGUUGACCUAAGGAAGUUGAAAAGUUUGGGCAUAAGAAAAUUAUGUGCCACGUACGUGCAGAUUGUUUUUUUGAUUGGCGUGGGAUUCAAGGUCUGCGAUGUACCGGUGAUCCGUGAAGAAAGGCAUGCUCCAAUGCAUAUUUUCAUUAGAUUUUUUUUUCGUUCAUACUUCAACGAUCUUGAUAAAUCUUAUCAAAGACAAAAAGGUCUCUACUGCAAUUCAGUAAGUUCUAAGGAAUCUUUAAUGAAGACAACAGUCAACAUCUUUUUAUUUAUCAUGUACCGUUUUAACUUAGAAAAAAGCAAAACCCCAAUUGAGUAUCGUCACAGGCCGUACGUUCCAUCCCUUCUAAACCCACAACGACCAGAAUUUGCGAGAUAC